AUGCACCGGGAAUACAGUACCAGUACUCCGUUCUUCAUAGCCGAAUUUAAAGAUGGAGCUGGAACUGGCUUUGGAAGCGUGAAUGCAAAUGAAUGCAAUGCGCUAAUAAACCAGGAAGCUGUCCGUAUCUUGUGGAAGAGCAAUUGCACCUUUGCUAUCAAGACCUUUAAUACAUAUGGAGGAACGAACUGGGGUAGCUUAGGGUAUAGAGGCUGCGAUAGCUCAUACGACUAUGGCGCGGCCGUUGAGGAGAAUCGGCAUACAUGGCGGGAAAAAUAUUCAGAGAAGCUAGAGGCUAAUUUCUUCAAAGUCUCCCCCGCAUACUUGACUGCGGUAGCAGGGAAUGCGCCGAACAGAUCGUACGUCUUGAUCAAGGAAAUCACUACGACGCCGUUAUUCGGAAUUGACUCCGAGACAAAAUUUUACGAUGUGCGUCAUGCCGAUUGGACGUCUACGGGUAUAACAACUUACAAAUUCAUUAUGACAACAAGCCUCGGGCACAUUUCAACUCCCCCAGCUUGGCGGCGACCUAGUCUUGACCAGAAGGGACUCAAAGAUCCAUUUGUCCGAUUACGACGUCGGUGGGAUAAAUCUGAUUUACUGCAUGGGCCCAUAACGGGCUGUGCAAGAGAACACUGAUCCUUUACGGCGGAGCUGGGGAGACUCAUGAAUUCGCUAUUGGUGUAGCAAAUUUGACAACAAAAACUGCUCAGGCGAGUCCGAAUGAUACCGUUGUAAAGACCCAAUUAUUCGAUUCGAACACGCUAGUGAUAUAAUAGAAGGUUUCUGUAGACCGAAAGAUCCUUAGACUAGGAGACGAGCUGGAGGUUCUGUUAUUAUGGCGUAACGAUGCUUACAACUAUUGGAUCACGGAACUACCAGCAGAAGCUCCAAUCGAAAAUUCAGGUACUCCUCCCCAUCUAAAUCCACCGACAUAGCCAGGGAUUCCUAUCUGGCCCGUACGGCCGUUCUAAGCGGGGAAGUAAUCCGACUUACCAGAGAUAUUAACAGCACCACCGACAUUGAACUAGGUACCUACGAACCUACCGGUAAAGUAA